GUGCAGAAAUUUGGUCAUACCCUCAAAAUCAAAAAGGAAUAAUACCAAAUAGACGUAGAUCAACCUCGACAGUUAUAGAUAAUAAAAAAGGUGUAAUUUACAUAUUUGGAGGAAGAGUUCAAGUAGACACAGGAUCACCUACAUUUAUUUGCUAUAAUGACUUAUAUACGUUCGAUACAGUAUUGCUAUCAUGGAAUAAGAUUAAUGCUAAUAAUGCUCCCCUACCUCAAAGUCAUGCUGCUCCAGUAUUACUUCCAAGCGGUAAAAUUCUUUAUAUUGGUGGCGUCUCUCAAACUAUUCCAGGAAAUGAUGCAGAUUUAAUAGAUAUGACAAAU